GAAAGAGAGAUUCUUAAUUUAAAAUCAGAACCGCUAGUUUUAAAAUAAAUGGUACGAAUCUCCAAUCCCGUACUCCAUCAGGAUAGGAUCUCAAUUCUUCCAAACCGUGCAGGCUUGCACAGCUUGCAAGAUUGGAGGUCAAUGCCAGCAGAAAGGAGAGAAUAGUCAAUUCGAAAAUUCCAUAGACGUUAUUUUUCAUUUCUCGGAAGUUCCAAAGAUAUAAACAUCACGAAACCCAGUUUUACUUUUAUUUUGUUUCAUCUCUCUCUCUCUCUCUCUCUCUCUCUCUCUCUAUUUCUGUUGCAGUCACCGCAAUUGAGGUUCUUUAUGAAAACCUUAUACUUUAUCUGGGUUUUACGUGUUCUUUUCUGUUUGGUAGCUGAGAAAAUGUGAAAAAAGCCAAGACUUUUUAACCUUUUGACUUACCCAUUGGAAAGAAGAAGAAAAGAGAUAGACUUUUGGAUCUGUUUGUGGCCUCAGCUGGGUUCUUAAACCCAAAAGAAUGUUUUUGUUCUGCAGACGGAUACUUCAAGGUUGAAAUAUAAGCAAACCCCAAGUGCAAUUGGAUUGAACAUUUAUAAGGGCAAGGAUUUUGAUUGAUUGGUGAUAUUGGCCAACAUAAAAAGCUGGUGAUGUCUUGUUUCUCUUUCUUGUUUAGAAAGAAGGAAGCUUCCCGUGUUAACCGGCCUGUUGGAAUUGUUAACCGGCCUGUUGAAAUCGACGAAGUGGUUUCAGGCGUUUUGAAUGUGAAGCAGUACGGUUAUAGGGAACUGCAAAUUGCCACUGAGAACUUCAGUGAAGAAAAUAAAAUUGGUCAGGGAGGCUUUGGCUCCGUGUACAAGGGCACACUCAAGGAUGGGACUUUGGUGGCUAUAAAAGAAUUGUCAGCAGAGUCUAGUCAAGGAUUGCGGGAAUUUUUAACAGAAAUCGAGGUGAUUGCAACCGUUGAACAUGAUAACUUAGUUAAGCUAUAUGGUUGCUGUGCAGAAGGAGAUCACAGAAUAUUGGUUUAUGGCUAUCUUGAGAAUAAUAGCCUAGCACAAACACUUCUUGGUAGAGGCUACAGCGGUAUCCAAUUUACAUGGCUUACAAGGUGUAAAAUUUGCAUUGGUGUUGCGAGGGGGCUCGCUUAUCUCCACGAGGAGGUUAGCCCUCAUAUUAUUCACAGAGACAUUAAAGCAAGCAAUAUUCUCCUUGAUAAAGACCUCUCACCAAAAAUUUCAGAUUUUGGUCUUGCAAAGUUUAUCGCCCCCAACUUGACUCAUGUUAGCACUCGUGUUGCUGGAACAACAGGUUACUUGGCGCCUGAGUAUGCCAUACGAGGUCAAGUGACAAGAAAAGCAGACAUCUACAGUUUUGGUGUUUUACUGUUGGAAAUUGUUUGUGGGAGGUCUAACACUAACAGACAGUUAUCACCCAAAGAUCAAUAUCUUCUUGCACGGGCAUGGGAACACCAUGAGAGGGGGCAGCUGGUGGAAUUAGUAGACGCAUCUUUGAAUGGAAAUUUCGACGUUGAGGAGGCUUGCAGAUUCCUAAAGGUUGGCCUUCUCUGCACUCAAGACAUGCCUAAGCUCCGACCAUCCAUGUCUACCGUUGUUCAAAUGCUGACAGGUGCAUUAGAUGUGAAUGAGGGGAAGAUAUCCAAACCAGGGCUGUUUUCUGAAUUUAUGGGGCAUACAGAAGGUGGGAGAGAUAAGGCCAACAAAAGAGGUCCAUCUCACACGAUAUCCACCUCAGGGAAGUUUAUCAAUUCAUCAUCUUCAUCAGAAGCUGCCGCCACUUCAUUUGCUACUAUGACCUUCAAUUCUAUAUAUGACCGAAGCAAUUAGGGCAGUCAGGAUCCAUCCAUUUUUUCGAAAUUUUCUCUGGUUUGGUCAGGCUGUAGGCAAUUUAAUUCUUCUAGGUUAUAUAGGGAAACAAGGAGUAAUAUAUAUUUUUACGUGGAUACGAAUGUCUUCCUAAGAACUAGCCAAAUCAUUUUUCAGGUGUAAAUGUUUCUUGUCAAUCGAACUUUCAUUUUUUUCGGGUCUGUAAAGAAGGCUUGACUACAUACAAUUCUUCCAUGCUUUACUUCGAGUCCAAGUAUUGUGUGGCAGUGCUCCGUUCUCGUCUUCA